AUGGCCAAGAACCUCCGCGCCAAGAUUCCCGCAGCCGAUACUCUAAUUGUGCGCGAUAUUAACGAAGAUGCGAUGACAAGAUUUGCCAAUGAAGCCCAGGAGGCUGCACGCAGCAAUGGUGCCGGCGCCAAUGAAGGAAAGGUCGAGUUUGCUGAAAAUGCCCGUGAAGUCGCGGAGAAAUCGACGGUGAUGGUCACUAGCCUUCCAGAGUCUCAACACGUCAUCGACGUCUAUCACUCGAUUUUAAAACACGGGGCACUCCCAUCCCUUGAGCAGGAGCGACUUUUCAUCGAUACAUCUACCAUUGACCCAACCACGUCCAAGGAUAUUGCCAAUGCGAUCCACACCACUCAAACCGGUCGGUUCGUGGACGCUCCUGUAUCCGGUGGUGUGGUUGGUGCCCGGGCUGGGACUUUGUCCUUCAUGUUCGGCGCCUCUUCGCAAUCAGAGGAGCUCCUUGAGCGUAUUCGCGGGGUUCUCGCUCUGAUGGGCAAGAAGGCUUGGCAUCUUGGAGAACCCGGUGCUGGAGUAUCCGGCAAGCUUGCCAACAACUACAUCUUGGCUCUGAACAAUAUCGCCACUGCCGAGGCUAUGAAUCUCGGUGUUCGGUGGGGUCUUGAGCCCAAAGCCCUGGCUGACAUGAUCAAUUCGUCGACCGGUCGUUGCUGGCCCUCUGAGGUCAACAAUCCUGUGCCCGGUGUUGUCGAAACGGCCCCCGCGUCGCGGGGAUAUGAAGGUGGUUUCGGGGUGAGUCUGAUGCACAAGGAUCUACGAUUGGCUCUUGCGGCUGCAGAACAGUCCGGCACUCCUCUCGCACUGGGGGCUCAGGCACGUGAAGUAUACAAGGAUGUUGAAGAGAAGCACCGCGGGAAAGACUUCUCAGUUGUCUACAAGUGGCUUACGGAGCAGUCUGGAUAA